GAAUAAAUACUUUUGCAUCUCAGCUGGCAGACAGGAUUCAUGUGACUGUUUAGUUUACAGUGAAUAUGUACUCCGCCCACUUUCUUGCUAAGUUACUAGUGGCACAGAGUCGCACGGCGUAAGAUCGCUUUAGAAAUAAUGCUGCUCUGAAAAUGAAAGGUUCAGAACAGCGAAUUUGACGUCUUUUUGUAGUUCAUGCGAUCUUAUGCUCCUUAAUCGAUUCCGCCUGAAACACUCACGGUGGCGAGGGUGCAUUGAGCGUGCCGGCUUCCAAUGUACUGAAGAAGCAUGUAAACCUAUUCCCGUCAGACACCCCUUGGUGAAAUGUUGCACCCAGCUCGGACAGGCGGAGAUGGCGAGAGUGGAUUACAACAAACAAUGGUUCCCAUUAAAAACAUUGAACGGGAGUUGAUCUGCCCAUCAUGUAAGGAGCUCUUCACUCAUCCCCUGAUCCUGCCUUGCCAGCACAGUGUCUGUCACAAGUGCGUCAAGGAGCUGCUGCUCUUCAGGGAGGAUGCAAAUACCGAGACAGACUCAGAGUUCUCCAACCCAGCCACUCCUGUCAGCAGCCCCAGAGUGCGUCGCCUCUCCUCGGCCAGUGUUGAGAGGCUCGACAGACUCACCCGGACAGCCUCACUGCGAAGGUCAUUCGGGAGAAAAGGAUCUGCUGCCCAUCCAGGCUGGAAACGGACCAUCCACAGUCAAGGAGUCACCACCUUCCCUUGCCCUGGCUGCAAAUGUGACGUAGAUCUCGGGGAGCGAGGCAUCAGUGGAUUGUUCCGAAACUUCACCUUGGAAACAAUCGUGGAGAGGUACCGGCAAGCCGCCCGCGCUGCUGUGGCCAUCAUGUGCAACCUCUGCAAGCCUCCACCCAGCGAGGCCACAAAGAGUUGCAUGGACUGCAAAGCAAGCUACUGCAAUGAGUGCUUUAAACUUCACCAUCCCUGGGGCACUCCAAAGGCUCAACAUGAGUAUGUAGGACCAACCACCAACUUCCGGCCCAAGGUUCUGAUGUGCCCUGAGCAUGAAAUGGAAAAGGUGACCAUGUACUGCGAGAUGUGCCGGAGGCCCGUGUGUCACCUCUGUAAGCUUGGUGGGUCACACGCCAACCACAAGGUCACUUCUAUGAGCAGUGCCUACAAAGUGCUCAAGGAGAAGCUGUCUAAGAGUAUUGGUUACCUCAUCAGCAAAGAGGGCCAAGUGAAAACUCAGAUCUUUCAACUGGAACACAUGAUUGAUCAGACAGAGAGGAAUGGAGAGAAGUCGAAAAGAGAAGCGACUGACUUGAUUGACAGGCUCUGCAGCAUCCUGGAGCAGCGCAAAAUGAAGCUGAUCAAGUCAAUUGAGGACAGCCAAAGCUCAAAGCUGGAGAGGCUGCAUUACCAGAUGGAUGAAUAUCAGGGAAUGUUGGAGAAUAGCGGACUGGUGGGCUAUGCUCAGGAAGUUCUGAAGGAAACAGACCAAUCCUGCUUUGUGCAGACAGCAAAGCAGCUGCACACGAGGAUCCGAAUGGCCACUGAGUCACUGAAAACCUUCCAGCCGGCUGCAGAGCCUUCCUUCACAGAGUUCACUCUGGACGUGUCUAGAGAGGAGGAGCUGCUAAAAGAAUUGUCUUUCACAAAUGUUCCAGAGGCGCCAGUAAUUGAUCAGAAGCAAAGCCGACUAUACGAUGAAGGAAUCAUCUGUUGGCAGCAGCCCAGUGGCACCCCUCUGGCUGACCACUAUAAACUGGAAUACAGGAAAAUUGAUCAAGAUGGAGACUGUGUCUGGCAGUCGACCGAGGAUGUGAGUGAAACAAGUCAAGUCGUCUCCAACCUCGACACCAACAGCAGUUAUGUCUUCAGAGUGAAAGGGUGCAAGAAUUCUAAUUACAGUGACUACAGCCAGGAAGUAGUUUUCUGUACACCACCUGCUCCAGUUUUUAGAUUUUUGUUUGACGAGACUUGCGGCUACAACAGUGACCACCUGAUUCUCAGCAAGCAGAGAGACUCUGUGGAGAGUGUGGCUGGAUUUCCUCUGUUGCUGGGUGCAGAGCGGAUUAUGGCUGGAAGUUACAUGUCCCUAAAUUUCAUCACUGGAGACACAGGAAUAACGAAAGGGAAAUUCUACUGGGCCUUCCGAGUGGAUGCAUCUUCCUACCUGGUCAAAGUAGGCGUGGUGUCUGAUACGAAGCUGCAGGAGUGGUUUCACAGUCCACACGACAUCAAUAGCCCCAGGUAUGACCAUGACAGUGGACACGACAGUGGGAGCGAAGAUAUUGCUUUGGAACACUCCCAGCCUUUCACCUUUGUUACCAUAGGAAUGAGGAAGUUCUUUAUGCCCAAAAGUCCUUCCACCUCUUGCACAGAGACUUGUGAGCGCUUUCUAUCUAUGCCCCAUCGCAUUGGCGUUUGUCUGGACUAUGACAGAGGGAAAGUCAGUUUCCACGAUGGGGACAAUAUGCAGUGUCUAUGUGAAAGGCGGGUGGAAUGUUCUGGAACAAUGUACCCAGCCUUUGGGCUAAUGGGAGGAGGUUCAGUACAUCUGGAGGAACUAGUGGCAAUGAAAGAGUUGAUCUACACGAUUUAGUUUCUUAAUUCAUGAUGGGAGGCUUUUUUCCAUGUGUAUGAAAAGAGCUUUUAGGAAAAUGUUUGCUCCCCCUGUUUGUAGCACUUUAUGGCAUGCACUGCUUGGAGAACCUUGACGUGUAAUUCCACAUGUGAAUGGUUCUCAGUAUAGUUUUGUGCAAUACUCAUUCACUGAUUAGAUAAGAUGUAACAGGGCAGCGGAAUGCUCUCUGAAAUCUUUUCCUUCCCCUUCAUCUCCGCUUUAUUUGUUGUUGAUGCGAAUUGGACCCUUUCAAAGGAAAUAAUGCAACUGAAGUGUGUUAAUAAUUCUGUUAACAUAUUUGUAGCUGCAACAAAGUGCAGUUUGGUAUUUAAAGUUUUCAAAGUAAAAUUUUAAAGAGCUGCAGGGAGUUGUUAUUUUUGACUUCUAGGUUUGAGAUUCUCGUAUCAUGCCACAAAAGCUACCAAUCUAAAAUGAAGUCAUGCCUUCUAUAAAAAAAUACUGACCAAAGUGUAAUUUGGUGGAGACUUCGUAACUUUGACAUGUCUAAAUAACAUAGUAAAAUAUUGAUGUCGUUUAUGAAUAUUCAGAUUAAUCAAUGCAAGAUUUCUGAAUGCACAUGGUGCAAGCUGGUGCUGUGGUGCUAGGUCCAGGACCAAUAAUAAAAAAUGUCAAAGCAACUGUUAUUUUAAAAUAUUAUUUUAUUUUAGAGACAAUGGAGAACAGGCCCAUCCAGUCCGACGAGCUGCUCUGUGUAACAAUCCGCCUAUUUGUCCUGAGUCUAAUCACUGGACAAUUUACAAUGACCCAUUAACCUACUAACCAGUACGUCUUUGGACUGUGGGAGGAAACUGGAGCACCUGGAGGAAACCUCCAUUCAUGGGAGAGGACGUACAAACUCUUUACAGGUGGCUUUGGAAUUGAAGUCCAAGUUCCGAUGCCCCCAGCUGUAAUAGCGGCACACUGACGCCACCCUGGCAUAGUAAGAGACACCGCAGAUGUUCCCUCACACUCCCACUAGCUCAAUAAAGAGGGUGUGCCAGGAGCAUCAGAGCCACAGUGGUUUUGAUCAACACCUGAGUUACGAUUUGCUGAAGGGGCAGAAUUCUUCUUAACUAUUGUCAGUACUGAUUUGGAAAAAAAAACUAAUGCUCAGUUUAAGUCUUCUUGCUCCCUCACUUAUUUUCUCACCUCAUUCAUACUGCUACAUUCUCUGACUUAAUCCUCUCCCCUGACUCCUGCUUCCUGUUGUGGUUGUUAGUGUGACUUGGGAAAAAAAUAAAUCUGAGAUUUAAUUGGCAAGAAACAAAUUACACUGGAUAUUCCUUUUACCAAUAGACACACAAGGAUGAUGGGCAACACCAGCCUAACCUCUAAUAUAUUUAUGUGACAAGGUCUCUAAUAUGUCAACACAUCUUGGAAUCUCAUAACACUUAAACAAUUAAGCCUGUUCAUUGUACUGUAAGAAUUAAAUUAAUGGUAUACUUAAUAGUGAUUGUACUGAUUUCUGAAGUAUCAGAACAUUCACCUGAAACAAUAAGUGAGCUCUGAGUUGUAAUAUUUGCUAACAAGGUGGGGAAAAAGACUUGAAAUCAGCCGCGAAUGAUGCUCCCUGUUACUGUUAAUUGGAAAUCAGGUGUGACAAGUUCCGUGAUAUUAUCUUACUGUAAGUACACCUGUUGAUGGUAGCACUGUGAUGCCCUAAUUCUGCACUUCCAAGCUUCUUGGUUGUAAGGAAGGGAAUCUUUGAUGUUUCUCCUUUGCUGUAUGGUUCUCAAGUUUCAUUAUGCAGUAAUAAAUAA